UGGAAACAAAAUAUGAGCCAGUAAGCCCACUAUCUAGUACAUUAGCCCAAGUUGAUUAUUGCAGAGUAAAGGGUGAAUCAGUUAGGGGUUUAUCUUUGUAACCUGUGUAAGGCACAGGCCAGUGGACCACCAGUUUUAAUCAAUGGCUCUGAUUACUCUUUUGGGUGACUUGUGGUUGAAUGCAACACUCAUGUGCUAGCUAAUUGCCAUGCUAAAAGCAGAGAGGGAGGGAGAGAGGUGGAGCCCAGACUAAGUUCUGAUGAAAGUUGAUCUUGAUAUUCCACCAACAGAAAUGGAAGUUAACCACCACCUGCAGCAUCUGAAAUGAAAAGCUAAGCUUUACAAUUACACCUGUAUUUGAAGCAACCCAAAUUUUAUUUUCUAUUUUUGAAUAAAUAUAAACAAAAACUUUUCUCACUUAUAUUAUAUCCCUCUCUUUAUCUCUCUCUCUCUCUCUCUCUCUCUCCUUCAUCUGCAGCUAGCACAGAGAGAUGAUGAGAGUGAGAGAGAGAAUUUUGUGUUCUGUUAGUGAGGAGUUGAGGUUUUAGGAGAGCCUUGGAAGAGAAGAGUACAUUUUUGGGGUUUCGUACAAUGCCAGUUCCUCUUGCUCCGUAUCCGACUCCUCCAGCACCACAUACACCUUCUCCUGCCAAUGAUGCACAAAGCCAGCUUGUAUGUUCUGGAUGUCGAAACCUUUUAGUCUAUCCUGUCGGGGCAACCUCCGUGUGUUGUGCUGUUUGUAAUGCAGUUACGGCUGUACCACCUCCUGGCACAGAAAUGGCACAGUUGGUUUGUGGUGGCUGCCACACUUUACUUAUGUACAUUAGAGGUGCAACAAGUGUGCAAUGUUCUUGUUGUCACACUGUCAAUCUAGCUUUGGAAGCAAAUCAGGUGGCACAUGUCAAUUGUGGUAACUGCAGGAUGCUAUUGAUGUAUCAGUAUGGAGCACGAUCUGUGAAAUGUGCGGUUUGCAAUUUCUUAACAUCAAUUGGGGCCUCAACAAGCACCACUGAACAGAAGUUCAACAACUGAAGUUUUAAUAUGCACACUAGUUGGAUAUUACAGAUGCUAAUAUCUUGGUUUUGCAAAGCAUCUCUCGCCUAGCGGAAGAAAUACCAUCUAGUCUCCUGUAUAGAGCCUUUUUUUUUUCCCCUUGCGCGACGUAGUAAUGAAUAAGCAGUUUUGGCAAAUCAGAACUAUGAAGAAGUUAUUAUCUCUGUGAAGACUUUCAGUUUGUGGAUGCAUUAGAUAAACAUUGGCUUCAUUUUCUUUUA